CAGGGAAGACUCCCAGCGAGCGGGACGGGGCGGGAGUGAGGGAAAGAGGGAGGCGGCUUCCUCUCGCCCUCCCUUCCUCGUCCGGCCGCCAGCAGCGAGCCAUGGCCCCCGGGUUGGGAGGGCGCUGCGGCUCGGCCGGGCCGGGGGAGCGCUGAGAGGCGGCGACCGGGGCGGGAUAGGAGGCAAGCAGCCGUCGGGCACCUCCCCUCAGUGCUAACCCCCCCCACCCCAGCCAUGGGGACGGCGUCGUCGCUGGUGAGCCCGGCGAGCGGGGUCGGGGAGGUGAUCGAGGACACGUACGGUGGCGGCGAGGCCUGCGAGAUCCCGGUGGAGGUGAAGCCCAAAGCCCGGCUGCUCCGCGGAUCCCUGCGGCGCGUCGGCGCCUCACGGCCCGGCGGCCUGAUCGGGGCCAGCUUCAAGUCUACGGCUUCGGUGCAGGAGCUGGAGUGCGUGGCCGAGUACGAGCGACUGAAGAAGGAGUACGAGAUCUUCCGCGUCAGCAAGAACAACGAGGUGGCAUCCAUGGUGAAGAAGGAGGCCAAGCUGGACAGGGAGAACAAGAGGCUACGAGCGGAGCUGCAGGCACUUCAGAAGACUUACCAGAAAAUACUGAGAGAGAAAGAAAGCGCAUUAGAAGCUAAAUACCAAGCCAUGGAGAGAGCUGCCACAUUUGAACAUGAUCGAGAUAAGGUCAAAAGGCAGUUCAAGGUAUGGCCUGACUUUUCUUUUCUUGGGAAAAUGAUCAAAAGUAAGUUGAUACUUAAGUCUCAUUCCCCAAGGGAAUCUCUUCAGACCAGUUUUCAUGAAGAUCUGCCCUAAAAAGAUUGAGGUAUUGUGGUUGUAGCUGAUUAUUUCCUUCAAGGUAAUCCCACCAAAACUUAUCUGUAAGAUUAAGAGAAAAAGCAGAAAAAAGCUUUUAAGAUACUGAAGUAAAUUAUGCAGAGAUAUGUCUUAAACUAAAUUCCUGUGUUAUUCCAACACAGAUCCUUGCAACUUUCAUACCCGAGAGUGACAGGAAAAUGUGGGCCUCAAAUUGGC